AUGAACAACUCCUAUUAUGGUUCUGUCACCUCUCACCAAAGCUCUAGCAAAGGUCUCUGGCAAGAGACCGGCUGUGUCCCCAGGUGCUGCCAGAACACCUGGUGCAGAACGAUCUGCUAAUGCCCCUCCUGCUGCACCUUCAGCUGCUGCUGCCUGGUCUGCUGCCAGACCACCUGUUGCCGCCCCAGCUGCUGCCAGACCCCCUGCUACCGCCCCAGCUGCUGUGUGUCCAGCUGCUGCCACCCUAGCAGCUGUGUGUCCAGCUGUUGCCGUCCCAGCUACUGUGUGUCCAGCUGCUGCCGCCCCAGCAGCUGUGUGUCCAGCUGUUGCCGCCCCAGCAGCUGUGUGUCCAGCUGUUGCCGCCCCAGCUUCUCUGUGUCCAGCUGCUGCCAUCCCAGCAGCUGUGUGUCUAGCUGCUGCCAACCCAGCUGCUGCCGCCCCAGCUGUUCUGUGUCAAGCUGCUGCCGCCCCAGCUGCUGUCAUCCAGUCUGCUGCCAGACUACCUGCUGCCGUACCACCUGCUGUCACCCAAACUGCUGUGGGUCCUCUUGGAGGGAACAGGGUCUCUUGUACUACAGCACAAGAGAGACGAAUGUAGAAAACCUGCCCUGCAUAGGCUGUAUGCAGGAUGAGCCUGCUGGCCAUGGGAGACCAGUGCCGACUAAACCUCUACCCUCUGACACCGUGGUCAAAUUCUGUUGUGGCUCCUUCUGCUCUGACCAGGGAUGUGGUCAAGGCCUCUGCCAGGAGACCUGCUGCCACCCCAGCUGCUGCCAGCCCACCUGCUGCGGUACCACGUGUUGUCGCCCCAGCUGCUGUGGAUCCUCUUGUUGCUGA